AUGAUGAUGGCCUAUUCACCGGAACAACCAUCAUUGCCUGUACAUUCAUCUGAUCUGCUUCAGUCAUCAAAUUCCCAUACCGCUUUCACUAAUUCAUUGGCUUUUAAGCCUACCGAUGAACCGAUCUAUUAUUAUACAAUAGCUAAAGGAGAUGUCGAAAAUUUGUCUAUCUCGUCGUUGUAUGAUAGUCGAGAAAACAGUCGGUUAUGUGCUCACCGUUGUUACGAUGAUGUGCAGGUGGAUCGGUGCCGUCAUAACAGUUUUUUGAAACGCGACAUAUCGACACCGAAGAUGAAAUCACCACUUUCACGUGAAUCAGACGCAUACCGACCCGAUUCAAGCGUCUACCAGAAUUGCUACUGUCAGUGUUCCAUCAAUCGUUUGCAAAACCUCACUACUACAUUUCAAAGUCAACCGAAUGAUGUUUGGCAGACUCGGAAGUAUUACUGUGAGGAGAAGGUGGUAAUUGUGCUGAGAGACGAAGUGGAACGUGUUGGCUUCUCUAUCGGUGGUAUCAUUCCCGGGAAUCACGGUGCAGCGAUCAAUUCCGUCCUCCCUGGUAUGGCACUUUAA